AUGAUCUAUCAACCUCCCGGUACGACAAGCCAAAGCCUCAUCUCCACAGCCGAGACCUGCCCACUCCAAUUGGCUCACGAAUACGGCGAGGCGCUAGCAAAAGGACGCAAGUGGCAAGAGUGGCUAGACAACCCAACCGACAGUUCGUGUCCUGUACUCCCCAUCCGCCUAUCAAUCCGCAUGCUAACCCUCCAUUACGGCUGGUACAUUUUUGACGGCAACUGUCCCCCAGGCACCCAAAUUCCUUCUCGCUAUUUCCCACCAAACUCCCUCAAGGCCGUACUCAGGUGGCACGGUAUAUCGACCAAACGCAGGUACACCAGAGUAACCCUCCGGCAGCGCCGCCGGUCGAAGUCAGGUGGCAGAACCAAGAAUGACUACGUAUUGCAGACUGGACCAGGGGUGAUCUUCGCACUGGAAAGUCAACGCACCGACGGCCCUCAUUGGUCUGAUAUUGCCCUUGCUGCAUACCGGACCUACGAGGCAGAGAAUCUCCGGUUUGUAUUUCGGGUCAAUGUGAUUAACCCGCUGACCACAGCCAUUGUUCGCGACGCCUACCUCAGGAACAGCCGACGGUGGCCCGAUCGGCAUCGCUCGUAUUGGUGGCAUGGUACGCCCGCAUACCAGGCGAUCAUGUCAACGCCCAAUGCCAGGGGUGUUGCCGCACUUGUAUUGGGAGGCUACGAGCGCGGAACACGAUGGAUUCCGGUCAUCAUCACCUGGGCUGACACCACUCACGCCCGGGCGUAUCUUCAGAUGCUUUUUGUAAUUUGUACCAGGGUGUAG